GGCCGCGUUUCCAUAGCAACAUCCCUUUCGCCUCCCUCGGGGGCUCCCUCUGCAGAGCGAGGAAGGGGGUCUCUCCCCCCCUCAGGGUGGGCCUCUUGUCCGGGGGGGCGCUGGAUGUGGCCGCCCUUGCGCUGCUGCCUCGGGCGCCUUGGGGCAAACUUUGGGCCAUUGGCUGGGAUGGGAAGCCGAGGGGAAAGGCCUCCCCUUCCGCCACCUCGGGGAGAGGGCGACCUCGGCGGCGGCUCCCUCGGCUGCUAUUUUUAUAUUUCUUUGGACUCGCCUUUUUUCCAUGACAGGAACUCCAGGCGGCUUACAAAGGGACCAAUUCUGUGUGUCCUCAGUUUGUAUGAAGAAAUGACUACGCAAUACAGUAUUCUCUUCAAGCAAGAACAAGCACAUGACGACGCCAUCUGGUCAGUGGCCUGGGGGAAGAAUAGAAACGAUGGCUCAGAAACAGUCAUCUCAGGCUCUUUGGAUGACAUGGUGAAAGUCUGGAAAUGGAACGGAGAGAAGCUGGAUCUCAAGUGGACAUUAGAAGGUCAUCAGCUGGGUGUAGUUUCGGUGGAUAUUAGUCACACGGGUACCAUUGCUGCGUCAAGUUCUUUAGAUGCUCACAUUCGUAUUUGGGAUUUAGACACUGGCAAACAGAUCAAGUCAAUAGAUGCUGGACCUGUGGAUGCCUGGUCACUCGCUUUUUCACCUGACUCCCAGUAUGUUGCAACAGGAAGCCACAUAGGGAAAGUGAACAUUUUUGGUGUCGAGACUGGAAAAAAAGAAUAUUCCUUGGAUACAAGAGGCAAAUUCAUCCUGAGUAUUGCAUAUAGCCCGGAUGGAAAAUAUCUUGCCAGUGGAGCUAUAGAUGGAAUUAUCAAUAUCUUUGAUAUUGCGACUGGAAAACUUCUUCACACGUUGGAAGGGCACGCUAUGCCAAUCCGUUCCUUGACAUUCUCCCCAGACUCCCAAUUACUUGUCACAGCUUCAGAUGAUGGCUACAUCAAGAUUUAUGACGUGCAGCAUGCGAACCUGGCAGGCACCCUGAGCGGCCACGCAUCUUGGGUGCUAAAUGUAGCGUUUUGUCCUGACGACACCCAUUUCGUUUCUAGUUCAUCAGACAAAACUGUGAAAGUGUGGGAUGUACCUUCCAAGACCUGUGCUCAUACCUUCUUUGAUCAUCAAGAUCAGGUCUGGGGAGUGCAAUACAACGGAAAUGGUUCUAAAAUUGUAUCAGUUGGUGAUGAUCAAGAAAUCCAUAUUUAUGACUGUCCAAUUUAAAUGUACCUAAAUCAAAUUUGGGUUCCUUUUGAAAGCUGUGGGACUUUCAAAAGGUGUCAAGAAAACCUUUAGAUUUUGUCAAAUGCAAAUAAUCAAUAUAUAUCUAAGUUUGUAUGAAUUUUGCUAUUUAUGUUUAUAAAUGUAUUUGUUACUUUAAAUUACUUAAUUUGCCAACUGGGCUACUGGAGUAUCAUUUCCCCUAUUAGACAUUUUUCUGUUUUUUGGGGUGGCAGUGCUUGUCAUGGACGGCACAGGUGUGACUAAGAAUAAAGGCUGUGCAUGUGCUCAGGGGAGCCCUGCAAUUUGCAAAUAUA